AUGUCCAUAAAUAAUUUGAUAGAAAAUUAUUUUCACAUGAGUUUUAGUUACAAUGAAAUAUUAACACAUUUGUCAAGCAAUGGGAUAGAUAUAAGUCUUCGUACACUCAAACGAAAAUUGAAGAAACUUGGUUUGUACAAACGCAUUAAUUAUACGCCUAUGAAUAUAGUGAGAGAGUAUCUAGAAAAUUGUAUUCUGAGUUCAAAUCAACUGCAUGGUUAUAAGUGGAUGCAUCGAAAAUGCAUCGGUGUUGGAUUUGUUGUGAAACAAGAAACUGUUAGGAUUCUUUUAAAAAUUAUUGAUCCUGAAGGUGUAGAAAUUAGAAGUCGGAAGAGAUUAAGGAGACGACAGUAUUAUAAUCCAGGCCCAAAUUAUACGUGGCAUACUGACUGCUACGACAAACUUAAACCCUAUGGAAUAUCUAUAAGUGGUUGCAUCGAUGGAUUCUCUAGAUUAAUACUUUGGCUGGAAGCUGCACCUUCUUGUAGUGAUCCCAGAGCAAUAGGAAGUUUUUAUUUAAAUACGGUAGAGGCAUUAAGAGGAUGUCCUAUUACUUUAAGAUUCGAUAAAGGUACUGAAAACCGCCACAUUGAGCAAUUUCAACAGUUUUUGCGUAGGAAUAAUACUUCUCGUCGCCCAUCGUUUUUAUAUGGAACCAGUCCUUCUAAUCAGCGAAUCGAAUCCUGGUGGAGUAUUCUAAGGAAACAUUUCACUCAAUUCUGGAUGGACGUAUUUUGUCAAUUAAAAAAUGAUGGACUAUUUAGUGGAACAUUUCUUGAUAAAAACCUGAUCAGAUUUUGUUUUUUAAACAUUAUUAAGAAAGAACUCAAAGAAAUUAUGCAAGAGUGGAAUAUACAUAGAAUCGGAAAAUCUAAGAAUAGUAUAUGUUGUUAUGGUCGACCCAUAACUAUGUUUGAAAUCCCUGAAGAGUAUAACACCAUAGACUUUAUACAUACAAUUGAAAUCAGUGAAUUACAACUCUGCAAAAAUGAAAACAUGUAUUCUACAAACAUAUGUUGUGAUGAAACUGUUUAUGAACUCUGCAAUAUUAUCCUAGCAGAAAAAAGAAUUGCUAUACCUGAUGAUCCUUACAGCAUUAUUGAUGUAUAUAUUAUGUUAAGAAAUACAAUACAAGAAAUAAUAAAUUAA